AUGAGAGUUCGAAGAUUGCCUGUGGACAUUCAGAUUCUCUAUUGUGCCAGGCCUGACCAGGAGCCUUUUGUGAAGAUCAUCACUGUUGAGGAGGCAAAGCGCAGGAAGAGCACAUGCAGCUACUAUGAUGACGACGAGGAGGAGGUGCUGCCCGUCCUACAGCCCCACAGUGCACUCCUGGAGAACAUGCACGUCGAGCAGCUGGCCCGAUGCCUUCCAGCAAGGGUGCAGGGGUAUCCGUGGAGACUUGUCUACAGCACGUUAGAGCACGGCACCAGCUUGAAAACUCUCUAUAGGAAAUCAGCUUCGCUAGAUAGUCCUGUCCUAUUGGUCAUCAAAGAUAUGGAUAAUCAGGUUUUUGGAGCAUAUGCAACUCAUCCUUUCAAGUUCAGUGACCAUUACUAUGGCACAGGCGAAACUUUUCUCUACACUUUUAGCCCCAAUUUCAAGGUCUUUAAGUGGAGUGGAGAAAACUCAUACUUUAUCAAUGGAGACAUAAGUUCUUUAGAACUUGGUGGUGGAGGGGGACGAUUUGGUUUAUGGCUAGAUUCUGAUUUAUACCAUGGACGAAGCAACUCCUGCAGCACUUUCAAUAAUGAUAUUCUUUCUAAAAAAGAAGACUUCAUAGUUCAGGACCUAGAGGUGUGGACAUUUGAGUGA